AUGGCUCACUAUAAGGAUGUAGCCGUCAAAAAGACCUCUUCUCUCAACCUGGUGACGGGAUUCUUUCAGUAUCUCCGCGAUGAACAAGAGGCCGUACAGAAGAGGACCUUUACAAAAUGGAUCAACUCCCACUUGGCAAAGCGUAAACCACCUCUAGAGGUCACCGACCUCUUCGAGGACAUCAAAGAUGGGGUGAAACUUCUGGCUCUGUUGGAAGUGCUGUCUGGACAGAGACUACCGUGUGAGCAGGGCCGCCAGCUGAAGAGGAUCCACUGGGUGUCCAACAUCGGCACCGCCCUCAGGUUCCUCGAAGGCAGGAAGUCUGUGUACCGAGGAUCCCCGAUCAAGCUAGUCAACAUUCACGCCACUGACAUCGCAGACGGUCGACCAUCCAUUGUCCUGGGGUUGAUAUGGACCGUCAUUCUCUACUUCCAGAUCGAGGAGUUGACCAGUAACCUGCCAGCCCUGGCAGCCCUGUCCAGCAGUACCUCCUCAAUGGACAGCAUGGCCAGUAACUCAGAGACAGGCAGUCCCCCUAUGAAGAGGAAGGUAGUACCCAAGAAGUUCCAGGGCAACGCCAAGAGGGCCCUGCUCAGAUGGGUGCAGUGCACCGCCGCCAAGCGUCAGGGCAUGGAAGUGAAGGACUUCGGUACUAGUUGGCGGAGCGGGGUGGCAUUCCACUCUGUGGUCCAUGCCAUCCGCCCAGACCUGGUGGACAUGGAGAUGGUGAGGAGGAGGAGCAACAAAGAGAAUCUGGAGGAAGCCUUCUCAUUGGCCGAGAACGAGCUGGGCAUCCCACGCCUGCUGGAUCCAGAAGAUGUGGAUGUAGAUAAACCGGAUGAGAAGUCCAUCAUGACAUAUGUUGCUCAGUUCCUCAAGCACUACCCCAACCCCCACCACUCUGAGACAGAUGGACAGGAAGAUGAGCUGCUUCUUCGCUACUUUCCAAGUUUUGCACUCUCUAUCCCAAACCUACGGAGAGAAGAGCGUAAGGUUCUGAGAGAGCUGAAGGUGUGGCUGGAUCAACUGGAGAGGGACGUGCUGCGAGUCCAGGGGUCAGAGGGCAACCUGACCGACAAGUACCAGGGCUUCAAGAGUUUCCGUGUGCAGUAUGAAAUAAAGAAGAAACAGACAGAGCCUCUGCUGCAGCCGGUGCACAGGGAUGGGAAGCUGUCUGUAGACCAGGCCCUGGUCAAACAAGCGUGGGAACGUGUCUCUAUCAGGCUCCUGGACUGGCACAUCCAUCUGGAUAAGUCGUUGCCUGGCCCACUGGGGGUGAUCGGAGCCUGGCUGCAUCGAGCUGAGAUCGCCCUGAGAGAGGAGAUUCCUAUCCAACAAGCCCAUGAAGAGACAGCCAAUGUGAUCCACAGGAAGCUGGAACAGCACAAGGAGGUACUGAAGAACUUGGAAUCCCACCAGCAGACUUUCCAGCAGAUCCACAGAGACAGAUCUGUGAACGGGGUCCCUGUCCCCUCUGAACAGCUCCAAGACAUGGCCGAGCGGUUCAACUAUGUGUCCACAUCGUCUCAUGCCCACCUGAUCAAACUGGAAUUCUGGGAGAUGAAGUACCGUCUGAUGGCGUUUCUCAUCCUGGCUGAGUCCAAGCUCAAGUCCUGGAUCAUCAAAUAUGGCCGCCGUGACUCCGUGGAACUACUGCUGCAGAGCUACAUUUCCUUCAUUGAGGGACACAAGUUCUUUGAACAGUAUGAGACAACGUUUAAGGCACUCAGGCAAGCUGCAGAUGUCUACAUCAAGUCUGAUGGUUCAGUUGAGGAAGCGGAGGGGGUGGGUAAGUUCCUGUCGGACGCGUCGGCCCAGUGGAGGAACCUGUCGGUGGAGGUGCGUAGCGUGAGGAGCAUGCUGGAGGAGGUCAUCUCUAACUGGGAGAAGUACAGCAGCACGGUGGCUGGACUGCAGGCCUGGCUGGAGGACGCAGAGCAGAUGUUCCACCAGUCAGAGAAUGAAAAACGGGACUUCUUCCGGAACCUUCCUCACUGGAUCCAGCAGCACAUGGACAUGAAUGAUGCAGGGAACUUCCUGAUCGAGACAUGCGACGAGACCGUCUCCAGAGACCUUAAGCAGCAGCUGCUUCUUCUCAAUGGGAGGUGGAGAGAGCUGUUCGUUAAAGUCAAACAUUAUGCUAGAGCGGAUGAGGUGGACAAGUUGAAACAGGACUAUCAGGACUCUAUCGCUACUCUCAAAACUUUCAUGAAUGCAACCAAUGACAAGAUGACUGCCCCUGUCCAAGUGUCCUUCCUGAAUGUCAGGACAUUCGUUCAAGAUGUUGAGGACAUCAAGCACAAAGUGCCUGCCAUGGAGGCAGCCUGUAAGACAGCCACCCGCACCGCCCAACUGCUGACCAAGGACACACCCCCGGAUGAGGUCUCAACGAUGCUGGCUGUCAUGGCUUCUAUCAAGGAGGAGAUGAGCAAGAUAAGGGAGAGGUGUCUGCCGCUGCUGCGGGAGGCCCAGUCACUGCUUCCCCCUCUGGAGGAGAUGGAGAAGAACAUCACAGGGUUCUACCAGGCUCUGGAGAAGGCUAGCCACAUCACCUGCUCCAGGGACUCAGAGGCCCCCGGGGACUUCAAACAGAAAUGCCAAGAGCUGGUGACCUUCACCCAGAGCUGUAAGAAGUGUCUGACAGUGAUUGAGAAGAACCAUCAGGGCAUCCAGAGAACCCUGGACAGCAGUAAGACCCUACAGCACAUGGACAUGGCCCUGCUGCAGAAGAGAGUUGUUGACCUGCAGGCGUCCUCACGGGCCAUGAUCAAGGAGUCCACUGACUGGAGGAAACACAUGGAGGCCAACAGCAGCUUAAUGAAGAGGUUUGAUGAGUCCCGUGUCGAGCUGGAGAAGGUGCUCAAGGUGGCUCAGGCCUCUCUGAUGGAGAGAGGCCACCCAGAAGACCUGCUCAGAAAACACACAGAGUUCUUUGGGCAGUUGGACCAGCGGGUCCUCAAUGCGUUCCUGAAAGCGUGUGAUGAGUUGACAGACAUCCUGCCAGAACAGGAGCAGCAGACUCUGCAAGAGACAGUCAGGAAACUGCACAAACACUGGAAGGAUGUCCAGACAGAGGCGCCCUACCAUCUGCUGCAACUGAAGGUAGAGGUGGAGGGAAGCAAGCUGAUGGUCUCCCUUCAGGAGUGUCAGUCAGAGCUGACCAGGGAGAACAGACACCUGGCUGGCAUGGGGAGCGAGAGGCUGGUCAAGGAACACAGGGGCUUCUUCAGAGAGAAGGGUCCUCAGUCUCUGUGUGAGAAGAGACUACAGCUGAUGGAGGAACUGUGUCAGAAGCUCCCGGACAGAGACCCAGCCCACCAGACUCUGGACAGCUCUAAGAAGGCCUACUCUGAACUCCGGGAGGAGAUAGACAGCACCCAUCACAAACUGAUGCAUCACCCUGACAAGUGGAAGGACUUUAACACUAGGUUCUCUGAGCUGUCAGCCUGGCUGUCGUCUAAAGAGAGCCAACUCAGACUGCUGAGGAAGCGAGCCAAUGACCCCAGCAAGUACGGACAGGUCAAGUCCACCAUUACAGAGCUGAGGAACGAUGCAGAGCUGCAGGAGGGGAACCUGGGCUGGCUAAAAUCCCGUCUGGCUGUGCUGAUAGAGAUCUCCUCUGAGACAGAUGCACAGAGGCAGGCUGGGGCCCUGAAUAAACUUUCCACCAACUUCAAGGGCCUCCUCUUCUAUCUAACUGAGUCUGAGAAGUUGGUGCUGGCGGUGGGGGACUGUGUGCAGUUCAGGGAGGAGGUGCGUGGUACGCUGGAUGAGCUGGUGCAGGGUCAGCAGGAGGUACACCAGGAAGUGACCAGGAUACUGGACUCUGAGACUGUCAGGGAGGCCCAGCAACUGCUCCAGGUUCACCAGCAACAGCUGAAGCGUCUGCGGAUGAAGAGAAAGGAUGUGCAGCAGCAGAUCACCAGGGGCCAUCAGCUACAGGCUGAGGAGGGGCUGGGGGAGACCUUACAGCAGGACCUACAGAGUCUGGAGACAACACUCAGCAAGAUGGACCACACCAUGGACUCACAGGAGCAGGAGUUAGAGGUGACCCUGUCUUCGUGGCAGGAGUUUGACAGCCAGCAGAGGGCAGUGCAGGAGUUUGUUACAAGGGCCCGCUCUGUCGUGGACAGAGACCUCAACUACAGCAGCCCAGAGAGCCUGGCUACUGAUCUGGACCAGGCCAGGGUCCUUUUAAAGCAGAGUGACGCAGAAGCCUCCACGGUGAACACCUUGUUAAGGAAGGCAGCAGAGAUCCAGCUCGGCCCAAAGAACAGCACCCUGCUACAGAAGCAAGCCCGCUCCCUCAGUGAACAACUGGACAAAGUGGAGGCUGGCCUCAAGAAAGAUGUCAAGGCUCUUGAUGGGAUGAAGACUCAGUGGGACCGGUUCGGGACAGAGUUUGAGGCCUUCUCCUCGUGGAUCUCUGAGAAGGAGAAAGAGCUGGAUGCUCUAAAGAGUUCUGCUGCUCCACUUGGACAACAGAUCAACACAGUCAAGGCGGUGGGUGUGGAGCUGGGGGACAGGGCGGAGGUGUUCUCCCAGCUAGAGGCAGACUCCCAGGCUCUGGCCCAGUUUAUCUCCUCUGGGGAGGCAGCCCGCAUCAAGGCCCGGCUCACCCAGAUUGGCAGGUACUGGGAGGAGCUGAGAGAGAGUGUAGACCAGUUAAAUGGACAGCUACAGGAGAGCUCCUCCACACAGCACCGCUUCCACACCAGCCUUGAAGAGGCCCAAACAACUCUUGGUGAUCUCCACGAGAAACUGGACCAUCCUGUCACUUCCUGUACCUCCUCGUCAGAGACCUACAAAGGACUCCAGAACCACAUGGAUGUGUGCCAGAGCUUGGAGAGGCUGAAGGCAGCCUUCUUGUCCCUGUCUGCUGGGGCACGUAGACUCAGUGACAGGGAGCAGGCUGAGAGGGCCGUGGCUGCUCUACAGACCAGCUACGACCAGAGUCUACGGCAGGCCAAGGACAAACAGAACACACUGGAGAAACUGCUGUCUCUAUGGCAAAAGUAUGAGAAGGAUCGUUCUAGCUUCGUAUCCUGCUUGGAGAGAUGUGAGUCUACAUCCAAACCUGAGAGCCAUUGCCUGCCUGCAGAUAAAACAAAGCUACAGAGUGAGCUGCGAGACUUGCAGGAUUUGCAGUAUGAGGUGGUGUCGCUGGAGCCCCUCCAUACUGGCCUGGUGACCUUAGGAACAUCUCUGUACCCCACUGCUCCAGUGGAGCGGGCAAGGGAGCUUAGAGAGGACCUGGAGCAGCUGAAGAAGAGAUGGAGCUCCCAGAAUGAACUCAUCCCUCACAGAAUCCAGGAGCUCCAGAGCCACCUGUCCCAGGUGGAGCAGUUUGACCAGGCCCUACAUACGUUUUCUCAGUGGAGUGAGACGCUCCUCUCCAACCUACACUCAGCUUCCCAGGUCAACAUCACUGACCUGCAGCCUGCUGUGGCCCAAGUCAAGGAGACUCUGGCUGCACUUCAGAAGCAGAGCGGUGUGAGGGAGAGCCUGGAGCUUCAGACAGAGGGUCUGUGUGCCUCGUGUGAUCCCCAAGAUGCUCAGUUCCUCCAGGGGAGACAGGGGAGCUGCCUACAGCCCUACCUGGAGGCCCAGCAGCUGGCUGAAGUCCGGCUGGACUGCUUGGAGAAUCUAGAGGCCUUGCUGGAGACCCACGGUGCAGCUGCAGGGCUACUACAAGGUCUGAGGCAAACAGUGGAGAGCGCAGGGAGCUGGGACCGGGGUCGGGUGGAAGAGCUGCAGCGAGAACUGGAGGCCAUCGUUCCAGACAUCAGCAGACUGGAGAACCUGGCAGCCAGCUUGGACAGCAGCCUCUGUAAAGGCCACCUACACGUGGUGAGCAGCACUGCAGAGGGAGGUACCCGGACGUCGUGCCGGGCGCUGGCUGAUGGUCUCAGCGGAGAGCUAGACAUGGUGAGGAACCUGGUGGGAACCAAGCAAAGCGAGGCAGAGGCUCUGGGAGCGCUGUGGAGCUCCUUCAGGCAGAGGAAGGAGCAGCUGCUGAAGAGUGUGGAGGACAUCGAGGAGAAGGCGGACCACCAGAGCCUCAGAGAACCCAGCCCACUUGCCCUGCAGCAGAGGCUGCGGUUCUUCAACCAGCUGGAGGAUGAGCUCCAGUCUCACCAACACGAGGAGCAGUGGCUUAGGGACAAGGGCCAGCAGCUAGCCCAGAGAGAUGCAGAGCUGGCUGGGGAGGUUCUCCGAGAAAUCAGCCUCCUGGAAACCACCUGGGAGGACACCAAGAGACUCAUCACUGACAGACAGGAGCAGUGCAGUGUUCUGGUGGAGCUGAUGAGAGAGUAUCAGAGCUUGAAGACGUCCAUAACAACCAUCACAGAGAACACUGAGGCUGUGGCUGACAUUGGUUCUGCUCUUGAGGACCAUGAGGAGACCAAGAGAGCGCUGUCUAAGCAUGAAGCAGCGAAGGCGGAGACAUCAGCCAGGCAGAGUGAGCUCGACCAAUUUUCCAGUAAAGGGAAGCAGCUGUUGAGUGAGCUGAAGAAGAUCUCAGACUGUGAGACCCAGCUAAUGAGGAAGGACAUGGAGACACUGGUGGACCAGUGGCUCGAUGUGUUGGAGAGGGUUGAAGACAACAUUGAACAUCUGAUCCAGAGCUUGGCGUUAUGGGAAGAUGUACGCCAAAUCAGCGAGGAGAUCGAGGGAUGGACAACCAACUCUGUGAUGGAACUCAGUGAGAGCCUGAACAACCUCAACGACAGCCAGAGGAUGGAGACCAAACUCUCUGCAUUACAGGUGGAGAUGGGGAAAAACGAGCACAAGCUUGUAAACCUGCAAGGGAAAGUGUCAGAACUGAAGCAUCUCAGCCGGAGCCAGGAAACGCCAUCCAAACUACAGGUGCUGGAAGCCGACUUGAGGAAGAAGAUGAGCCAGGUGCAGAAGCUGUGUGAGCAGGCCAGGGGAAACCUCCGGGACUUCAGCUCCCAGAGGAAGCAGCUAGAGGACUACAUUACUCAGAUGUCUGAUUGGCUUAAGAGCAUGGAGCAAUCCCUGACGAGCUCACCGAUUGGCUCUGACCCAGAGGACAUCUGCAGAGUCAAGGACCUCCAGAAGGACCUCCAGAACCAGCAAGGCAGCAUAGAUUCCACCAGGGAGAGCCUGAACACUCUGUGUCGGAAGUACCCUUCUGAGGAGCUGGCUGGGCUGGGCAGUGCCCUCACUGACCUCAUCAAGAGCUACGAGUUUGUCAACCAGCUGUCCUCCAGGACCCUGGCCUCCCUGCAGCACGGCCUGCAAAAACACUUCAAUGACCUGGUUCGGGAGUUCCACAGCUGGCUGUCUGGGCAGAGGGAGGUAGUGAAGGAGUGCUCUGACCGAUCAGGAGACACUAGCAUCGUGGAGCGCAAACUCCAGAAGCUAAAGGGGGCUCUGGAGCGUGUGGAGGAAGGGGAGGUGCGUCUGACUCAGGUGUGUGAGGAAGGGGAGAAGCUCCUUCUCCAUCUCCCUAAGGCCAGCGCUGGCCAGGUGCAGCAUCACCUCUCCUCCAUCCAGCAGGACUGGGACCGCUUCGUAGAGCAGUGUAGACUCAACCAACAGGCCCUGGAGGACAGCACUGCACAACUAAAUGGGUUUGAGAGCCGUCUGAAGAGGCUGAAGCGUUGGCUGGAGCACAUGGAGCAGAGGCUGAACACAGAACUGCCUGAGGAGAAACACAGGGACCCUGAGAAGGCAACACUGGAGAGGGUGGAGGGAUACCACCAGGACGUGCUCAAAGAAAGGGACUCGUUCGAGCGACUGUGUCAGGAGUCGCAGGCCCUGAACGAAGGUGGACGGGGCGACGGUGGCGAGACGCGGGCGGCUGCGGGGCUGCAGUCUCAGCACCAAGGUCUGCUGCGGAGGGUGAAGGAGAGGCUGCGGAGCUGCCAGAUGACCCUACAGGAACAGCAGGCAUUUGAGGAGACCCUGCAGAGCACCUGGUCCUGGCUGAACGGUGUACAGGAACGACUGGGGAGCCUCAACAGUACACUGGGGAACAAGGAGAAGCUGGAGAAGAGGCUGGGACUUGUACAGGACAUUCUGCUGAUGAAGGGCGAGGGCGAGGUGAAGCUGAACAUGGCGGUAGGGAAGGGCGAGCAGGUCCUGAAGCACAACAGUGUGGAGGGACAGGAGGCCAUCCGCUCCCAGUUACAGAACCUGAAGGACGCCUGGGCCAACAUGCUCAUGACCUCCAUGAGUUGUCACAGUCGUCUGGAGUGGACGGUGGCCCUGUGGAGUAGCUACCAGGAGAGUAAGGGUCAGCUGCAGCAGUGGAUGGAGUCUGUAGAGCAGGAGGUGGGUCUGGCGCUGGCCCAGCAGCCAGGCCUGAAGGAAAAGGCUUCUCUCCUGGAGCGUCUCAGAGCCCUGCAGGCUGACGUGGAGGCUCAUACAGCACCACUGGGCAGGCUGACAGAGAAGGCUGCAGAGCUGCAUGAGAAGACAGGCGACCAGGCCUUCGGACCAGAGCAGAGAAUGGAGCUCAAUGCGCACUUUGCUGAUAUCACCGCUGUCGUCAAGGGUAAGGUUCACGCCAUGGAGAACAUAGUGACAGAGCAUGAGCACUACCUGGAAGCUGUGAGGGACUUCAAUGAUUGGCUGACCUCUGCCAGGGAGGAGCUCCAGCGCUGGUCGGAUCUGUCAGGAGACUCCACCUCUGUAAAGAGGAAGCUCGCCAAAGUUCGGGAGCUGAUAGACUCCAGGCAGUGUGGCCGAGAGCGUCUCAGCCGGGUGCAGCGUUGUGGGGCUGCAGCGAGGGACCACACGGGCUCCGGGGGCUUCGAGGCAGUGGAGAGGGAGGAGGCAGCCCUGCUGUCUGCCUGGGAGCACUGGGAGCGUGGGGCACUGCAGACCAGGGCAGGCCUGGAGACUGCGCUCUCUCAGAUCGCCAGCUCAGAACAGGAGUUUAACUGCUUGGCUGCUCAGCUGGAGCAGGACCUGCAGGAGUUUAGCAGUCAGCUGCAGGAGUGGAGAGACAGACUCUCUCAGACCGAGGGGAAAAACAGUGGGGAGGAGGCUGUGCAGGGCUGGCAGAUUGCAAAAGACACUCUGGAUGGCCUGGUUAAAGUGGAGCCCAUGUCAGACAGUCUGAAGUCCCAGCUCAACGACCUAUGGCGGUUCUCCAGGGACCUGGGCACUCAGUCAGAGAGAGUGUCCUGCCUCAUCAAGGAGUACAACAGUCUGAGCCUGCAGGCCUCCAGAGAAUGCCAGAGCAAAGAGAAGCUUCUGGAGCAGAGGUUCCGUGCCACUUUCCGAGAGUUCCAGCAGUGGCUGGUUAACGCCAAGAUCAUCACAGCCAAGUGCUUUGACAUGCCUCAGAACCUCAGCGAGGCCUCCUCCAGCCUGCAGAAGAUACAGGAGUUCCUGAGUGACAGGGAACAGGGCCACUCCAAGCUGAAUGCUGUGGUGCUAAGUGGUGAGCUGGUGGUCAGUAUUGCUGCCAAAGACCGAGUGGACGCUGUCCGGGCCAAGAUUAGCAGUGCCAGAGAGGACUGGAAGACUCUGAUGUCCAACCUGCACCAGAGGGAGACUGCAUUACAGAACCUCCAGUCUCAGAUGAAGGACUUUGAGGCGAGUGCGGAGCCCCUUCAGGAGUGGCUGCACGGGACAGAGGUUGCUGUACAGGAGAGCAGCACACGACUCCACGACCUCACAGCUAAAAAGCAGGAGUUGCACAAGCUGCAGUCUGUGCUCGAGGAGUUAGCCUCUCAAGAGGUUCAGCUGAUCAGGCUCAAAGAGAAGGCCCAGCUACUGUGGGACGGACACGCGGCCGGAAAGGGCUUUGUCCACCGUGUCUCACAACUCUCUGCACAGUACCUAGCUCUAACCAACAUGACCAAGGAGAAGGCUUCUCGUAUCGACCGGAUUGUCACCGAGCACCAGGUGUUCUCCCAGGGGCUGAAGGAGCUGCAGAACUGGGUGGCCGACACCAGCCACAUGCUGCAGACCUACUGCACCCCCACAGCAGACAAGAACGUCCUGGACAGCAGGGUGAUCAAGCUGGAGGCUUUGCUGACAGCACGUCAGGAGAAGGAGAUCCAGCUGAAGAUGCUGGUCACCAGGGGAGAGUCUGUCCAGAGGAACACCUCAGUAGAGGGAGUACCAGUAGUCCGCAAGCACAUCCAGGACCUCAAAGACUCCUGGGAUGCCCUGCUUUCCGCCUCCAUCCAUUGCAAAAGUCAGUUGGAGGGAGCCCUUUCCCAGUGGACCAGCUACCAGGAGGACGUGCUUCAGUUUGUGGGCUGGGUGGAGCAUGUUGAGGAGAGCCUGGACCCAACAGACAAACAGUUCUCCGAGAUGAGAGACAAAACUGCCAACCUGGGUAAAGCCAAGCUUCUCUAUGAGGAGGUGCUGAGCCACAGCAGUCUGCUGGACACCAUCACUAUGAAGGGAGCCAACAUGGCCGAACAUUACGUCACACAGCUAGAGCUCCAGGACCUGCAGGAACGAUACAACACCGUCAAGGACAACGCCAAGAGUACGAUGGGGAAAGCAGAGGAGCUUGUGCAGGCCCACCAGGAGUACCAGAGAGGCCUGCAUGUGUUUGAGGCGUGGCUGGAGCAGGAGCAGGAGAAGCUGGGCUGCUACACACAGCUAGAGGGAGAUGUGGAAACCCUGGAGGAGACGCUUCAGAAACUACAGGAGCUGCAACUCCAGUGCACGGAGGGCCAGGCCCUGCUCAACACCCUGCUAGACAGUAGAGACCAGGUUGUGCCAUGGGGGGUCCCUCAGAUCGAGGACCGGGUCCUGGAGACUGUGCAGCAAGACUGGCGGUUGUACCAGGGGAGGCUGGGAGACACCAGGGGCCAGCUCAACAGUGCCCUGGCCAAGCUCCGCCAGAUGGAGCAGAAGUUUCAGCGUCUGGACAGCUGGCUGAAGAGCAUGGAGAGCAAGGGUUGGCAGGAGGAGGUGCUGGUGUACCAGGAGGAGGUGGAGGGUCUGAGUGUUCUAGCCCAGCAAGUGUUGGACGAGACCCACAUCAGCAGCCGGGUCAGCACCAGAGCUACCCAGCUCACCGCCCGCUACCACGCCAUGCUACUGCACCUACUGGAGAGCAUCAAGCAGCUGCAGGAGGAGGUGUAUUGCAUAGAGGAGGCCCAGAGUGUGUUCAGUACCUUCUCUGAUUGGCUGAGCUCUGCCAAGAACAACUUCAGCACCGUGGCCAUCAGCAUCGACGUAGUGGACCGUGUUGCCAUGGAGAGGAAGAAGAAGAAACUGGAGGCUCUGCAGGGUGACAUGGAGCAAGGCCACAGCUUCCUGAGGACGAUGCGUGAGAAGACGGAGCGAGCCAUGGCCUUCCUGGAGGAACCAGAGGCAGACCAGCUGAGGGAGGAGGUGGACGCCCAUCUCUCCCAACUAGAGGGCCUGAUGGUUGGGCUACGCACUGAACACAGCUCCCUGGAGAAAUGCAUCUCCCUUUCCAAAGACUUCCUGGACAAGUACAAGGCCCAGGCUCAGUGGCUCACAGAGACCAAGGCUCUGCUAGGGAUGCCUGUUGAACCCAAAGCUGAGCUCUAUCAGAAGAAGGCCCAGUUAGCCAAAUACAAGACGAUCCAGCAGACAGUGCAGUCUCACGAGUCAGCGGUGAGGUCUGUGGUUGAGAAAGGAGAGGCUCUGCUGGAUUCGGUCCGCGACCCUACCAUCAGGGACAACAUGAGCAGACUACAGACAGACUACCAGGACCUCUGCACUGCAGCCAGGGCAAUCAUGGAGGAGAUAGCUAGCUUCGAGGAGCGCCUGACCAGUCUGAAGGAGAAGGGAGAUGACCUGAUGUCCAACUGUACUACAGACCAGGUGCAGGCUAAGAUCAGCCAGCAGGUCCAGGCUCACCAGCAGGGCACCAGAGACAGUUACUCAGCCAUCUGCAGCACCGCACAGCGUGUGUACCAAAGUCUUGACAGGGAGCUGCAGAAACAUGUCAGUCACCAGGACACUCUGCAGCAGUGCCAGACCUGGCUCUCCACUGUCCAUGAGGAGCUCCGGCUGCGUUGUCAACCUCCCUCUGGCCUGCAGGAGGCCCUCAAACAGGUGAAGCACUACAGGGCUCUACAGGAGCAAGCCAGUACAUACCUGGACCUGGUGUGUUCUGUGUGUGACCUAUCUGAUGAUGCUGUGAGAGUCACUGUUGCUGAGGUCCAGCGGGUCAAACACACGAUCGAGGAGAGGAUGUCUAGCUCCCAGGAGCUGUCGGAGGGCUGGAAGGAGAUAAAGGAGCAGAAGCAGGAGCUGUCUGGUCUGUUCCAGGACAUGGAGCAGCAGCUCCUCAGUCUCUCCAGAAGACCAGCCGAGCUCGAGACCAAGAUCGCCCACAACAUGCUCACCCAGGCCAAGGAGUUCAGCAAUCAGCUGCAGAGUAAACAAGCCACCCUAACCAGGAUGACAGAGAGUGUGAAUCGUCUGACUGAGGGCCAGGCCAGCCCGGAGCAUGGGGAAGUAGGGCGUCUGAGCCACUCCUGGCUGGAGCUGUGUCACCAGGCUAACAGGCUGCAGGAUCAGAGGCAGGAGGACCUGCAGAGGACCCAGGAGUACCACGACUGCAUCACAGCCAUGGAGGCACUGUUUGAGCAGGUGUCCAAGGAGUGGGACAACCUGGCCAGGACUGAUGCUGAAAGUUCAUCUGAGCACUUGGAGGCGUUGAAAAAACUUUCCGUGGCUCUCAGAGACCAGAAGGGAACUCUGGAGGACCUGAAGGACCAGAGGCAGAAAGUCAUCUACCAUCUGAAUCUUGACGAUAAAGAGCUGGUCAAAGAGCAAAUCGGCCACUUCGAGCAGCGCUGGGCUCAGCUACAGAGCCUCAUCGACAGGAAGAUCCAGGACUCGGUGCUGACCCUGGAGGACAUGGCCCAGGUGGAGGCCCGUCUGAGGGAGGCCAGGGAGUGGGCCGAGGAGCAGCAGCCUGCCCUGUCUGAAGCCAUGAAGAUGAGUCCUCCUCCAGAGUUGUCCCAAAGCUUCCUGUUUGACCACCUCAGCAUCUGCAGUGAACUGGAGGCUAAGCAGCUGCUUCUGGCUCAGGCCAUGACCGACGCUGACCGCGUCCUGGCUCACCUGGGGCUCAACGAGCGCCAGCGCCUGCAGCAGCUCAUCUCAGACACCCAGGCUGAGGUGGAGUCACUCAGUGUGAAGGUGGCCCAGAGGAGGAAGCACCUCAGCAAGGCCUUCACAGAGAGAACACAGUUCCUGCAGGCUGUCAACCAGUCCAUCACCUGGGUCCAGCAGAAUGAGAAGAAGGCCCAGGCAGAGGAGUACAUCGCCCUGCUACCUGACGACCUGGCCAAGCAGGUGCGAACCUGCAGGAACAUCCAGAGCAGCCUAAAGGCCUACCAGAGCGAGCUGACCUCCCUGUGGUCCCAAGGCAGAGACCUGAUGAGGGACGCCACCGAGGACGAGAAGGCUGAGAUGCUCACCAAGCUGCAGGAGCUGCAGAACAUCUUUGAGAAGGCCCUGCAGAAGUGUGGCCAGAGGCUCCAGGAGCUGGAAAAGGUGCUUGUCUCCAGAAAGUACUUCAAGGCAGACCUGGAGAAGACAUGUCAGUGGUUGAAACAGGCAGACAUAGUGACCUUCCCUGAGAUUAACCUCAUGAAUGGUGACUUGGAGCUGAACGUGCAGCUGUUGAAGUACCAGCAGAUAGUAGAGCAGGCGAUGGAAUAUGAAAACCUCCUACUGAUCGUCCAGAGAGCUGGUCAGGAGAUCCUGCCCACUCUGAAUGAAGUGGACCACUGUUACUUGGACGAGAAACUCAAUGCUCUCCCACAGCAAUACAAUAGCAUACUAGCUCUGGCCAAAGAGAAACAGGAGAAGAUUGAACAGGCCAUUCUAUCCAGAAAGGAGUAUGCCUCCUUCAUAGAUGUAACACAUCAUGCAUUGAAGGAGCUUGAGGAGCAGUUCCAUAACUUGGGGACUCAGCCUGUCGGUCUACAGACAGAGGAGGUUGUCAGUUUACAGAACAAUUACAAAGCUCUUCAGGUAGAUCUGAGCAACCUUGGUCUGGCUGUCAGUGAACUAAACCAGAAGAAAGAAGGAUUCCGAAGCACCGGUCAACCCUGGCGGCCUGAAGAGAUGACCCAGCUGGUGAGCCUCUACAAUGGGCUCAAGAGGCUCAUCGAACAGCGGGUGGAGCACCUCGACGACACGCUGGAGUCCUUCGAGGACCACAAUGCCAUGGCCAUGCAGGUAGACUCAGAGCUGAAGGCUACCAAAGAACAGCUGGUCAAGGUCAACGCAGAGACUCAGUCGGCGGAGGAGAGGCUGAAGAACUACCAUUCCCUGGCCGGGAGUCUCCAGAGCGCCAGCUCUCAUCUUUCCAGACUCAUGGAGCAGAUGGACAACCUGGCUCCUCAGCUGGACCAGGCUGCCCACGAGGCCUCCAGAGAACAGGUGGUCUUGUGGCAGGAGGAGCUGCAGUCCCUGCAGUCUGCCGUAGGGGAGCUGAUAGUGGAGUGUGAGAAUAGGUUUGUCCAGAGUAAAGACUUUGAGACGGAGGUGAAGCGGACCCUGGACUGGCUGCAGCAAAUCAGGGAUGAGCUGGACUGUGCUGUGGUGGUGGACGUGAGGGUAGAGAAGGUCCAGGAGGAGAUCAGGAAGCAGCAGAUUAUGCAGGAAGAGGUCCAGUCCAGGCUGAGGAUUGUGGCUGCCCUGAGCAGCAGGGAGAAACAGAAGUACACCAGCGCCAAUGAGCUGGUCCCAGCCCACGUUGACUUGAGCUUGGAGGAGAUGGCCAAACUACAGGCUGAUGUCCAACAGGCUCUGAGCUCCAAACAGAUCACCCUGGAGCAGGCCUUAGCGUUGUGUCAGAAGUACCACUUCCGGAUGCAGUCAGCGUGUGAGUGGCUGGAGGACGCAGUGGCCUUCCUACAGCUAGCCAGCCUGGGGGUGGACGUAGAGAACUAUGAAGAAUGUCUACGCCAGCAGGAGGACAUCAUGGCCUCGGAGCAGGAGUUCUUGUGCCACCUGCAGGAGUUGGAGGCUCUGCCCCACCAGCUGGAGAACCUGGUGAACCCUACAGCCAAGGAGCAGCUUAGGCUGAGUGUGGAGUCUGCUCAGCAGAGAGGAGUGGAGGUCCGAGAUCAGCUGCAGUGUCAUCAGGACGUCCUGAUCAGCUGUGUUGCCCAGUGGAAGUCCUACCAGGAGACGAGGCAGACAGUGAUUGAACUGAUGAACGAGGCAGAGAAGAAGCUGACUGAGUUCUCCACCGCCAAGGCUGCCACCUUUCUGGAGGCAGAGGAGAAGCUCAGGAGUCAUAGGUCCCUGGUGUCGAUGGUGAAUGGGUUCCAGGAGAAGCUGACCGGGCUGGAGGAGCAGGCAUCCCAGCUGGAGCUGGUGGGUAGUGACGCCAGCAAGGCCACCAUCAGCCGCUCCAUGACCACGGUGUGGCAGCGCUGGACCCGGUUACGCAGCGUAGCACGAGGGCAGGAGAGGGUCCUAGAGGACACCGCCCAGGAGUGGAGGACCUUCAGAGAGAAGAUGGUGAAGCUGAGGAACAUGGUGGACGAGCUCCAGAGCCGUGUGAUAGACUGUGCUGUGGAGAAGGCCUCCAAGGCUUCCUUACAGUCUGUGUUGGACCAGCAUGAGCUGCUGAUCCAGGACAUGGAGAGGGAGCUGUCCUCCCUCACCCUGCUGCGUCAGUACGCCCUCAGCCUGCUCCAUGACGUGGAGGUCCCCUCACCUUCCCCCACCUCCGAACAGGACGAACUGCCCAGUCUCAAGGAGAUCAGAGCUGUACAAGACCGCAUGGAAAGUCUGCUGCAGCAGGCGCGUACCAAGCGUAGCCAGGCUGGGAUGGAGCUGAGGGAUAGAGAGGAGGUGGAGAAGAACCUGAGUGUGGUCAAAGCCUGGAUCCAGGAGACCAGGGAGCUGCUUCUCAACCCUACCCCAGAUAUAGAUGCUCUGCUGCAGGAGCUGGAGGUGGUGCACAGUGAUGUGAUCGGGUACCGUCAGCAUUUGGAUAAGAUAGCAGAGCAGCAGCAGAGCAAGUAUCUGGACCUGUACACCAUCCUGCCCUCGGAGAUCUCCAUGCAGCUGGCUGAGGUGUCCCUCGCACUGGGGGCCAUCGAGGACCAGGUUCUAUCCAAAGAGAGAGAGAUUCAGAAGACGAGAGACAUCAAGGAGGACUUCAGCUCCAGGAUCCAUGACGUGUCGGAGAAGAUGAAAGCCAUCUCCGCCAGACUCAAAGACAAAGCCAGCGAUGUCGAACACACUAAAGACGAGACCAAGUGCCUUUGUGAUGACCUGGAGAGCUGUCGUCGGACUCUCUCAGAGCUGGAUGCUGCAGUCCAGGAGUUCAGCAGACGGAACCCCAUCUUGGCCAAACAGCUGAGCGAUGCCAUAGUCAAGUUAGGAGACAUCCACCACCACACUGCCCGACUGGCCGAGUGUAGAACCAUCUGGCUCAAAAAGGCCGAUGCCCACCUAGAGGAGUACAGUGAGAUGCUGGACUUCAUAGUGAGGUGGUCGGAGAAAGCCAAGGGCCUGGUGAGGGCCAACAUCAUCUGGAACUCCUCCCCUCAUCUGCAGGAACAAAUAAGGAUGUACCAGUCUGUGCUGCGCGAGUCCCGGGAGCUCCAUGGGGACCUGCAGGCCAUGGGAGAGAAGGUGGAUCUGCUGUCUGAGGUGCUGCAGACGGAGAACAUGUCCCAGCAGGUGUGUGAGCUCAGCCGCCACACCGAGGAGCUCCAGCAGACCGUCAGGACACGCCUGCAGAGCCUACAGGACGCAGCCAAGAGUAUGGAGCGUCUGGAGUACGAGGUGAAGACCCUACAUGUUGCUCUGGAACAGGUCCAAGCUACACUGACCUCUCCUGAGCUGGCCCGACAGAGUCUCAAGGAACAACUGGCCCAGAGACAGCGUCUUCUGUCGGAGAUGGAGGGCUUCAAGCAGCAGGUGCAGGCGGUGCAGCUGUGUCAGAGCGCCCUGCGCGUCCCAGAGGAGGUGAUGCCUGGCCUGGCUAUCUGUCGCACGGCACUGGGCCUACAGCAGGAGGCCAGCCAGCUGCAGCAUGUCGCAAUACAGCAGUGCAACAUUCUACAGGAGGCUGUUGUGCAGUAUGAGCAGUAUGAGCAGGAGGUGAGGCACCUCCAGGGGCUGAUAGAGGACGCCCACAGAGUCAUCCAGGACCGACCCAUUCCCACCAGCAACAUCCAGGAGCUGCAGGCUCAGAUUCUACACCAUGAGGACCUGGCCCAGAAGAUCAAGGGUUACCAGGAGCAGAUAGCCAGUCUGAACUCUAAGUGUAAGAUGCUUGCUGUGAAGGCCAAGCACGCCACCAUGCUGCUCACUGUGAGUGACACUGAGGCGACGGGGCUUACUGAGGAGGACCUGGAUGGAGACACACACAAACCCUCUGUAGUCAUGAUGACAGCUGGCCGCUGUCACACCCUCCUGUCCCCUGUCACGGAGGAGUCUGGGGAGGAGGGCACCAACAGUGAGAUCUCCUCUCCUCCUGUCUGUCGCUCCCCCUCUCCCAUCACUCACUCCCAGAUGGGACUGGGACGAGCCACCCUCACCAGAGCCCCCAUACAGGAGCUAUAUGACCCGACAUUUGAAUCUGUGGCCAACUUCGAUGACCUGCAACGCUCCUGGGAGACCUUGAAGAAUGUGAUCAGUGAGAAGCAGAGGACUCUGUACGAAGCGCUGGAGAAGCAGCAGCGCUACCAGGGUUCUCUCCAGUCUAUCUCCUCUAAGAUGGAGUCCUUAGAGGCCAAACUCAAUGAGCCACUGGAGGCUGACAGGAGCACAGACAGUCAUAUGGAAGCCCAUAAGGCCAUGGGUGAGGAGAUCCAGAGUCUGCAGGAGGAUAUAGACAAGCUGCAGACCAGCUUCUCAGAGGAGCUGGGUACUGAUGCUGUGGACUCGGACACGGCCGACCAGCUAGCCAUGCAGUCCACCCUCACUGUCCUGGCUGAGAGGAUGGCCACCAUACAUAUGAAGGCCACAGGGAAACGACAGCUUCUGGAGGAGCGUGCAACUGACCAUCUAGAGGAGCAGCGUCAAGAGCAGGCCUUACAACACUACCUCGACCAGGCUGACCAGAUGGACCAAUGGCUGCUCAGCACCCGCUCUGCACUCACAACCUUCCUCCAUCCCAGCGUUAAGGAGGAUGAGGAGGACAUGGAGGAGCAGCUCAUAGACUGCCAGAACAUGCUGCAGGAGAUUGAGCAGAAGGUGGUGGCCCUGUCGGAGCUGACCAUGCGGAGCGAGAGUCUGUUGCUGGAGGGGAGGCAGGAGACGCGGAUGGACAUGAGGGAGGACGCUGAGCAGCUGGCCAGGAAGCUGCGGACGCUGAAGGGAAGUCUGCUGGAGCUGCAGAAGAUGCUGCAGGACAAACACAUCAACAUCCAGGGCUUCCUGCAGGAUCAGGAGGACAAUCAGUCUGACUCUAGCCUGUCUCCGGGGCCCAGUGUACAGGACUGGCUGGCCCAGGCACGUACCACACGCUCACAACAUCACCAGGACAGCCUCCAGAGACAGAGGGAGCUGGAGGAGCAGCUAGCAGAGCAGAAGAAGCUGCUCCAGUCAGUAGCCAGUAGAGGAGAGGAGAUCCUGAUCCAGCAGGCCUCACCCAGCAGUGUCAGGUAUGGCCGUGAAACACCCUUCUCUCCGGAGCUCCUGCAGGAGAGAGAGACCCGGGCUGCCCAGCAGCAGAUGAGACAGAGGUGGGAGAGCCUGAGGAAAGAGCUCAGUACCAAACUCCAGCUCCUACAGAAAACCCUGGAGCAAUACAACAAGCAACCGGUUUACUCCAGAACGGCCAGAGUGACCACCGCUGGGACCCUGUUUAAAGGAGAGACAGAUAAAACAGAGGACAAGUCUUCACUGAAGACGUUAUAUGAUGGUUUCAGCCAGACAAUGGAGGAGAUGUCUUCUCAGACUGGGGCCUCUGAGGGCCAGGUGAUGCCAAUGGAGCAGCAGCUCUACCAAGCCGUGUCAGCUACCUCCUCCUGGCUGGAUGAUGUAGAGAACACCCUCUUCUCUGGUGCUGUGCUGCUGGCCGAGAACGCUGAGACACAGCUACAAAACCAGGAGGCCUUAGGGAAGGAUGUCAGUGAGGUGAAUGGGGAGGUGAGCCACAGUCGGGGUCUCCUGGGCCAACCUACAGGGCUGUGUGGGGAGGACCAGGCCCUGCUAGAGGACACACUGGACUGUCUGACAGAGAGGCUAGGGACUAUGGACUCUGUCCUGGGGCGACGCUGUGAACACAUGAGGACCAGGAUGGAGGAACUCACUGCCUAUCAGACGGAGUCACAGCUUCUACUCACUGAUCUAACCGACACCAAGUGCCAGAUUCUUCAGACGUUGGCGGGAGCCAUGGACAGACCAGCCUCCAAACAACUUGAGGUCAUUGCUGAGGCUGAGGAGAGUUUGAGAGAGUUUGAGCGGAGGAUUACCCAGCUCAAAACCAGAGGAACAGAGCUACAGGCAGACCAGAUCUCCACCAACGAACUGCUAACGCUACAGGAUACCUACGAGGAGCUGGUGAUGACGGUGGGGUCACGGCGUAGCGGUCUGAACCAGAACAUGGCUCUGAAAGGUCAGUAUGAGAGGGCGCUACAGGAUCUGGCUGACCUGGUGGACACCGCUCAAGACAAGAUGGCUGCCGACCAGAGGAUCAUCGCCAGCUCUGUGGAGGAAGUACAGAUCCUCCUGGACAAACACAAGGAGUUCUUCCAGGGUCUGGAGUCCCAUAUGAUCCUGACAGAGACAUUCUUCAGGAAGAUCAGUGGCCUGGUGGUUCCCAGGGAGAACCAGAGUCUGAAGGAGACUCUGGCCCAGGCCCAGGGAGUCCUCAAACAGGCCCACAGGAGAGGAGUGGAACUGGAGUACAUACUGGAGACUUGGAGCCGUCUGGUGCAGGACUACCAGGCUCUGUGUAGACAGCUGGAGGCAGUGGAGGGUAGCAUCCUCACAGUGGGCCUAAUGGAGGAGACCGAGGAGAAGCUCACUGAGAGGAGCUCACUGUGUCAGAGUCUGAUGGAUAGACUGACGGAGCACCAGCACAAGCUGUACCAGGUCCUGGAGGAGGGGAAGAGGUUGCUGCUGUCCGUGUGCUCUCCUGGCCUGGAGAACCAGCUCACAAUGCUGGGGGAACACUGGCUAAGCAACGCUACCAAGGUCAACAAGGAGCUGCAGAGACUAGAGGCCAUUCUCAAACACUGGACCAGGUACCAGAAGGAGUAUGCAGAGCUAAAUGGCUGGCAGCAGUCUGCUCUAGAACGUCUGGAAAUCUGGAACACACAGGCAGACUUAGUUCCACAGGAGAUGGAGACCGUCAGGAAUCAUCUCUCUGCCUUCCUGGAGUUCUGUAAGGAGGUGGAGACUCAUUCGUCUCUGAAGUGCUCUGUGAUGACAGAGGGCAACCAGCUCAUGAGGCUGAAGAGGGUUGACACCGCAGCCCUGCGUUCUGACUUGGCCCGCGUGGACUCACAGUGGACCCAACUACUCACACGCAUCCCAAUGGUGCAAGAGAAGCUACACCAGCUUCAAAUGGAGAAGCUGGCCUCUCGCCACGCAAUCUCUGAGCUGGUCAACUGGAUGUCUCUGAUGGAGAUUGUGAUCAAGGAGGACGAGGAGAACCUGAAGGGAGCAGUGGGGUCGACUGUCAUCCAGGACUAUUUACAGAAGUAUAAGGGCUUCAGAAUAGAUGUGAUCUGUAAGCAGCUGACGGUGGACUUUGUGAACCAGUCUGUGCCCCAGAUCAGUGGUCAGGAUGUGGAAAGCAAGCGCAGCGACAAGACAGACUUUGCGGAGAGGCUUGGAGUCAUGAACCGACGCUGGCAGCUACUACAGGGACUCAUCACGGAGAGGGUCCAGUUCCUGGAGACUCUGCUGGAGGACUGGUUGGACUAUGAGAACAACAUACAGGGCCUGAAGACCUGGCUGCUCGCUCAGGAGGAGAGGCUGAAGAGGAAACACAGGAUAGAGGACCUAACCUCCAUACAGAACGCCCUCAAAGACUGCCAGGAGAUGGAGGAGGUGGUGAAGGAGAAGGAGGGUGAGGUGGAGCGCGUGGAGGAGCAGGCCUGUGCCCUCAUCCAGAACAAAACAGACGAGGCCUGUGCUGUCGUCAUGGAGACACUCCAAGCUGUCAAUCACACCUGGGCUAACCUAGAUCACCUUAUUGGGCAGUUGAAGAUCAGCCUUGUGUCAGUGCUGGACCAGUGGAGUCUGUACAAGCUGUCUUCAGAGGAGAUGAACGGGUACCUGAUGGAGGGGAGGUACUCUGUGUCUCGCUUCCGCCUCCUCACCGGCUCCCUGGAGGCUGUACAGCUACAGGUGGAGAGUCUACAGAACCUACAGAUGGACCUGGAGAAGCAGGAGAGCAGUCUGAGGAAGUUUGGCUCUGUGACACACCAGCUGCUGAAGGAGUGCCACCCGUCAGUGUCCGACAGCCUCAACAAUACCCUGAAGGACGUCAACGCUAGGUGGAGCAGUCUGCUGGAGGAGAUCUCUGAGCGUCUGAGGAGCAGUAAAGCCCUGUUACAGCUGUGGCAGCACUACAAAGAGCUGUAUGAACAGAGCUGCUCCAGCGUCCAGCUGCAAGAGGAGCAGGCUGGCCAGCUAUUGGAGACCGCCUGCAGCAAGGACAUCGCAGACGAGGAGGUGUCCACCUGGAUUCAAGACUGCAGUGAGUUGCUGCGGGCUCAGGUUCCAGUGCAGGCAUCUCUACAGGUUCUCCAGGAGCUGGGAGAUCAGCUGAAGCAACAGGUGGACACCUCUGCAGCGUCCGCCGUCCAGUCAGACCACCUCUCUCUAACCCAGCGCCUGGCCACCGUGGAGCAGGCCCUCAGCAGGCAGCUCAUUACACUACAGAUGGGAGUCCAGGACUAUGAGACCUUCAGUGAGCAGCUGGAUUCGUUGGGGCGCUGGAUGGUGGAGGCCGAGGAGGCUCUGAAGGUCCAAGAUCCCAACGGUUCUUCUGACCUGUCCAUCAUCCAGGACCGCAUGGAGGAACUCAAGAGAAAGAUUCUGAGAUUCAGUAGCAUGGCCCCUGACCUGGAACGUCUGAAUGAGCUGGGCUAUCGGCUUCCUCUUAACGACACCGAGAUCAAACGCAUGCAGAACCUUAACCGGAGCUGGUCCUCAGCCAAUGCCCAAACCACCGAGAGAUUCAGUAAACUGCAGUCGUUCCUGUUGCAGCACCAGACGUUCCUGGAAAAGUGUGAGACUUGGAUGGAGUUCCUGGUACAGACGGAGGAGAAGCUAGCCGUGGGGAUCUCUGGGAACUACCAGAGUCUGAUGGAGCAACAGAGAGCACACGAGCUAUUCCAAGCUGAGAUGUUCAGUCGUCAGCAGAUCCUUCACUCCAUAAUCAGUGAUGGCCAGAGGAUGCUGGAGCAGGGACAGGUGGAUGAAAGAGAUGAAUUCAACCUGAAGUUGGCACUGCUGAGUAACCAGUGGCAGGGUGUGGUGCGUCGCACCCAACAGAGGCGGGGUAUCAUCGACAGCCUAGUCCGCCAGUGGCAGCGCUACAGGGAGAUGGCAGAGAAGCUGAGGAAAUGGCUGGUGGAGGUUUCUCACCCGGCCGAGGCCCUACAGGUUGGGAUGCCCGUACCCCUGCAGCAGGCCAGAUCCAUGCUGGACGCAGUUCAGCUGAAAGAGAAGGUCCUACAGCGGCAGCAGGGCAGCUACAUCCUGACGGUGGAGGCUGGGAAGCAGCUUCUCCUGUCUGCAGACAGCAGGGUGGAGGUGUCUCUGCAGGGAGAGCUCACAGGCAUCCAGGGCCGCUGGAGACACGCCAACAUCUGCCUGGAGGAACAGAGGAGAGAGCUGGCCAACCUGAUAAAGGACUGGGAGAGAUGUGAGAGAGGCAUAGAGGGUUCUCUGGAGAAGCUGAGGGCGUUUAAACGGCAGCUCUCUCAGCCCCUCCUUGAUCACCACGAGGACCUGCAGGCUGAACAGAUGCGCUGCAAGGACUUGGAGAACACGUUUGACGGCUGGACAGAAGACCUAGCCCACCUGACGGUGCUGAGGGAGUCCCUGUCUAGCUACAUCAGUGCUGAGGACCUGUCUGUUCUACAGGAACGUAUAGAGCUGCUGCACCGCCAGUGGGAGGAGAUCUGUCACCAGCUAUCCCUUCGACAGAAUCAGGUGAGUGAGAAGCUGAAUGAGUGGGCCGUGUUUAACGAGAGGAACAAGGAGCUGUGUGACUGGCUUACCAACAUGGAGAGCAAGGUGUCCCAGAAUGGAGACAUCAGCAUCGAGGAGAUGAUCGAGAAGCUACGCAAGGACUACCAGGAGGAGAUAGAGGUGGCUAAGGAGAACAAGCUGCAGCUGCACAAGAUGGGUGAGCGCCUGGCCAGGGCCAGCCACGAGACCAAGGCCUCUGAGAUAGAACACAAACUCAGCAAGGUGGGCGAGCGCUGGCAACACCUGCUGGACCUCAUCGGAGCCAGAGUGAAGAAGCUGAGGGAGACUCUGGUGGCAGUGCAGCAGCUGGAUAAGAACAUGAGUAGUCUGCGGUCCUGGCUGGCCCACAUAGAGACUGAGCUAUGCAGACCCAUCGUCUAUGACACCUGUGAUUCCCAGGAGAUACAGAGGAAGCUGGACCUGCAGCAGGAGCUUCAGCGUGACAUAGAGAAGCACAGUACAGGUGUGGCGUCUGUGUUGAACCUGUGCGAGGUGCUGUUGCAUGACUGCGACGCUUGUGCCACGGACACAGAGUGUGAAUCUAUCCAGCAGGCCACUCGCAGCCUGGACCGCCGAUGGAGGAGCAUCUGUGCCUUGUCCAUGGAGAGAAGGCUCAAGAUUGAAGAGACAUGGCGUUUAUGGCAGAAGUUCUUAGAGGACUUUGCACAUUUUGAGGAGUGGCUAGUGACCUCAGAGAAGACUGCUGCUCUGCCCAACUCUUCAGGCGUGCUCUACACUGUGGCCAAGGAAGAACUAAAGAAGUUUGAGGCAUUCCAACGUCAGGUCCAUGAGAGUCUGACCCAGCUGGAGCUGAUCAAUAAGCAGUACCGCCGUCUGGCCAGAGAGAGCCGCACCGACUCCUCCUGUCGCCUCCGGGAGAUGGCCCACGACGGUAACCAGCGCUGGGACAACCUGCAGAAGAGGGUGGCCUCCAUCCUCCGCAGGCUCAAGCACUUUAUCAGUCAGCGUGAGGAGUUUGAGACGGCCAGAGACAGUAUCCUGGUGUGGCUCACGGAGAUGGACCUGCAGCUCACCAACAUAGAGCACUUCUCAGAGUGUGACAUCCAGGCCAAGAUCAAACAGCUCAGGGCGUUCCAGCAGGAGAUCUCUCUGACCACUGGGAAGAUUGAGCACAUCUUCCACCAGGGUGAGGUGCUGCUAGAGAAGAGUGAGCCUCUGGAUGCCGCUGUUAUAGAGGAGGAGCUGGAGGAGCUGCAGAGAUACUGCCAGGAGGUGUUCGGACGUGUGGAGCGCUACUACAAGAAGCUCAUACGCCUACCGCUAACAGGUGACGAGUACGACGUGUCAUUCUCGGACCGGGAGUUUGAACUAGACGAACCUGGGUACCUGUCCAGCAUUCCCUGGAGUGAGCGUCUGGGAGACUGCCUGAUGUCCCCUCUACCCUCCCUAAGCCACUCUGCUUCCCUGGCUGCCCCUCUGCGGACUGGGGCUGAGCGCUCGGGCAGGGACACACCAGCCAGUGUGGACUCCAUCCCCCUGGAGUGGGACCACGAUUACGACCUGAGCCGGGGUCUGGAGAGCGCCAGCAGGGCCCUGGGCCUGGCCUCUGAGCAGGUGGAGCACGGAGAUGAGGGGAACUACCAGGGAUCAGCUUCUGCCUCUGCUCUGUCAGAUGUAGUGAUCCCAGAGAGCCCUGAGGCCUUUGUUAAACUAACUGAACAAACCCUGAGGUCCUUGGAUGGAGAGGGAGGUACCCUGGAGACUCACAUCCUACAGUUGGACAAGGUUCUGGACACAAGCCGGUUCCACCUGCAACAGACAGAGAACAUAAUCCGCAGCCGCACCCCAACUGGCCCCGAGUUAGACGCUUCAUACAUGGGAUAUAUGCGUCUGUUGGGCGAGUGUCGUGGCAGUAUAGACACGGUGAAGAGGGUGGGCUACGAGCUGAAGGGGGAGGAGGACAAGGCCUCAGGACUCGCUGACCCCAUUGGUGGUGAUUCACAAACAACAGGUGUGAUAGAACGUUGGGAGUUGCUGCAGGCCCAGGCCCUCAGUAAAGAGAUGCGUCUGAAGCAGAACCUUCAGCAGUGGCAGCAGUUCAACUCUGACCUCAAUGCCGUGUGGUUGUGGCUGGACCAGGCGGCGGCGGAGCUAGAGCAGCAGCGGAGCCUGGACCUCAGCACCGACAUCCAGACCAUCGAGAUGCGCAUCAAGAAAUUCAAGGAGCUGCAGAAGGCUGUUGACAAGCGUAAGGCCAUUGUGCUAUCCAUUAACCUGUGCAGUGCAGAGUUUGUCCAGUCUGCCACAGAGGAAUGCCAGGACCUGCAGGCCAGGCUGAAAGAGAUGAACAACCGCUGGGACAGACUUGGCACCUCUCUAGGGGAGUGGAGGGCAGCACUACAGAAUGCCCUCAUGCAGUGUCACGACUUCCAUGAGAUGAGUCACGGGCUGCUACUGUGGCUGGAGAACAUUGACCGCAGGAGGAACGAGAUUGUUCCCAUUGACCCCAUCCAGGACAGCGACACCCUCCACGAUCACCACAAAACACUCAUGCAAAUCCGUGGUGAGUUGCUGGACUCCCAGAGGAAAGUGUCGUCCCUGCAGGACAUGUCCCUGCAGCUGCUGGUCAACAGCGAUGGCAGCGACUGUCUGGAGGCCAAAGAGAAGGUGCACGUCAUCGGGAACCGCCUCAAACUCCUCUUCAAGGAGGUGACCAGAGACCUCAGAGAGCUGGAGAAGAUUCUGAACAUCACCAGCAGCCAACAGGACCUGUCUUCAUGGUCGUCGGCUGAUGAGCUGGACACCACCUCUGGUUCCAUCAGCCCGGUGUCGGGCAGGAGCACACCAAGUCGCCGUCGAUCGCAACGGGGCAAAUGUAGUCUGUCACAGCAGACCUCUGGACCCUCUGUGAGCAGUCCACACAGACCACACAGGUCUCCCAACGUCGCUGGGUCCGCUUCCUCCCCUUCUGAGGCCGAGGUGAUACCAUCGUCAUUCUUGUACCGCGUCCUGUGGGUGGCGGUGCCCCUCCAGUUGCUCCUCCUCCUGCUGCUGGUGGGCAUGACCUGCCUGGUGCCAAUGUAUGAGUGGGAUUUCAGCUGCAGCCAGUCCAAUAACUUUGCCCGUUCCUUCUACCCCAUGCUCAAAUACACCAACGGGCCCCCUCCUGUAUAGUCUAUCAUGACAGACCAAACAUUUGGUUCUGGGUGCCGAGCGAGAUUACUUCCGGUAUAUUCCAGCCUGGCCCUGGCAUGGAGACGAACCUGAGGAGGACAGUUGGGGUUUUUGAACAUCAUCACAGUCUGGGUUUUUUAAUUGUAUUGGAACUGUUUCAAUGCUCCACUACUUUGCAGCUUCCAUGAAGAAUAGCGAGAUAAGCAAUGCCGUCAUUCGGCUCCUUGUGCCGCCAUGAGCAAGAAACAUAGGAACCCAAAUCUCAAGCUGAUCUCGGACGUGUCUUCUUUGUGUGGACGGAGUACAGCAGCUGUCUUAACUUAUCUUUUGUGGCUGAUAGAAUCACUCAUGUCAUCUUUUAGUUGUCUGUCAUGUAUAGACGGAGAAAGCAUUUUUGGAGCAGCACAUGUAAGAACCAAAAAAUGUUUCUGACUGCGGUCAGUGGAUAUCAACUGGAUGCUGGAACUGUUGAGUUGAAACACAGCUGCCAUUUGACACCUAGUUCAAUACAGAACAUGUAACCUGUGAAUUUGCCUGUUGUAACAAUAGAAAAUUUGUAAAAUAACAUUUUAAGAUGACUUACAAUUGCGUUUAUUUUUUACGUGUAUUUUGGCAUGCAGUUAUAAUCUUUGCUUUUACUUGAUACGUGUUGAAUAGUUUAAUUUUUAAUAUGAACUAUACUGUAACUGUGUGUAAGAAUCUAUUUAAUCUGAAUUGUGUAUGUAAAACAAAUGAAAUAAUGAGAGUUGUUUGCGCUAAACUGUUUGACUGUAUAAGAAACCUUUAAAAACAUUCACCGUAUGGAAAUAAUGUACUGAACAUACUUUGUUGUUAUUUUUCUAAUUGAAAAUAUGGAAACUAUCUACAUACUAUUAAUCAAAACUAUAACGAAUUAUAAAACAACUGUGUAUUUUCUAUGGCUCUGUGCAUUCAGUAUUACAUGUAUACCAGUCCAGGAUUACUUAACAUGUUCUGUACAUAAUAUAAAUGUAUAUAUAUAAUGUAUAUCUGAGCCUAAAUCACAAAUAUUGAAUGCCAAAUUCUCAUUUUGAUUCUGUCUUUUAUUCAAAAUGGCUGAUUCAGUGCUAUUGACUUGACAGUAUGUGGAUCUGACCUUUGGAUACGUCAUAAACUCAUGUCAAAUCCAAUUUCAAUGGGCAAAAAGAUAUA